GGAAACGCCCGGGCCAAGAGGAGGGCGUGGGGAGACGGGGAGCUGUCAGGGUGAGGGCCGGGCUCGCGCCUCUCCCGGGUUCGGAGCCGGGCACCUCCGCCGGCUUGGCACGCAGGCUCCGGACCGUGCGAGCUGCGGGCGCUCCCGGGGCCGCCCCUUUUGCCGCCGCACCUGACAUGCAGGCCCCGGUGCCCUAAGCAGUAGCGGCGACCCCCGCCAGAGAGACAGCCCUGGGGCCCUGUGUAGAAGCUCCUUCCCCUUGUCUCGGUGUCCGCCUGCGCCCCCAGACUCUGAGAUUAUCUUGGAAGAUCUAGGACUCGGAGAUGUUUCCCUUGAAGGAUGUCGAAAUGGGUGCCUUUACCUUCUUUGCCUCUGCUCUACCACAUGAUGUUUGUGGAAGCAACGGGCUUCCUCUCACACCAAAUUCCAUCAAAAUUUUAGGGCGUUUUCAAAUCCUUAAGACCAUCAUCCAUCCAAGACUGUGCCAAUAUGUGGACAUUUCUAGGGGAAAACAUGAGAGACUGGUGGUAGUGGCUGAACACUGUGAACAGAGCCUAGAAGAUUUACUCCGAGAAAGGAAACCUGUGAGCUAUUCAAAGGUUUUGUGCAUAGCAUUUGAGGUACUCCAGGGCUUGCAGUAUAUGAACAAACAUGGGAUAGUACAUCGGGCGCUGUCUCCUCAUAAUAUCCUUUUGGACCGAAAGGGACAUGUUAAAUUGGCUAAAUUUGGACUUUAUCACAUGACAGCUCAUGGUGAUGAUGUUGAUUUUCCAAUUGGGUAUCCAUCAUACUUGGCACCUGAGGUAAUUGCACAAGGAAUUUCCAAAACGACUGAUCAUAUACCCAGUGAAAAACCAUUGCCUUCUGGCCCCAAAUCAGAUGUAUGGUCUCUAGGAAUCAUUUUAUUUGAGCUCUGUGUGGGAAGAAAAUUAUUUCAGAGCUUGGAUGUUUCUGAAAGAUUAAAAUUUUUGCUUACAUUGGACUGCGUGGAUGACACUAUAAUAGUUCUGGCUGAAGAGCAUGGUUGCCUGGACAUUAUAAAGGAGCUUCCUGAAAAUGUGAUAGAUCUUUUGAAGAAAUGUCUGACCUUCCACCCUUCCAAGAGGCCAACUCCAGAUGAAUUAAUGCAGGACAAGAUGUUCAGUGAAGUGUCACCUUUAUACACCCCAUUUACAAAACCUGUCAGUUUGUUUUCAUCUUCUCUGAGAUGUGCUGACUUAACUCUCCCUGAGGAUAUCAGUCAGCUGUGUAAAGAUAUAAACAGUGAUUACCUGGCAGAAAGAUCAAUUGAGGAAGUGUAUUACCUUUGGUGUUUAGCUGGAGGUGACUUGGAGAAAGAGCUUGUCAACAAGGAAAUCAUUCGAUCCAAACCACCUAUCUGCACACUCCCCAAUUUUCUCUUUGAAGAUGGUGAAAGCUUUGGACAAGGUCGAGAUAGAAGCUCACUAUUAGAUGAUACCACUGUGACACUCUCAUUAUGCCAGCUAAGAAAUAGAUUAAAAGAUGUUGGUGGAGAAGCAUUUUACCCACUACUUGAAGAUGACCAGUCUAAUUUACCUCAUUCAAACAGCAGUAAUGAGUUGUCUGCUGCUGCCACGUUGCCUUUAAUCAUCCGAGAGAGGGACACAGAGUACCAGCUUAACAGAAUCAUUCUCUUUGACAGACUGCUAAAGGCUUAUCCAUAUAAAAAAAAUCAAAUCUGGAAAGAAGCAAGAGUUGAUAUUCCUCCACUUAUGAGAGGUUUAACCUGGGCUGCUCUUCUGGGAGUUGAGGGGGCUAUUCAUGCCAAGUAUGAUGCAAUUGAUAAAGAUACUCCAAUUCCUACAGAUAGACAAAUUGAAGUGGAUAUUCCUCGUUGUCAUCAGUAUGAUGAACUGUUAUCAUCACCAGAAGGUCAUGCAAAAUUUAGGCGUGUAUUAAAAGCCUGGGUAGUAUCCCAUCCUGAUCUGGUGUAUUGGCAAGGUCUUGACUCACUUUGUGCUCCAUUCCUAUAUUUAAAUUUCAAUAAUGAAGCCUUGGCGUAUGCGUGUAUGUCUGCUUUUAUUCCCAAAUACCUGUAUAACUUCUUCUUGAAAGACAACUCACAUGUAAUACAAGAGUAUUUGACUGUGUUCUCUCAAAUGAUUGCAUUCCAUGAUCCAGAGCUGAGUAAUCAUCUCAAUGAGAUUGGAUUUAUUCCAGAUCUCUAUGCCAUCCCUUGGUUUCUCACCAUGUUUACUCAUGUAUUUCCACUGCACAAAAUUUUUCACCUCUGGGAUACCUUGCUACUUGGAAAUUCCUCUUUCCCAUUCUGUAUCGGAGUAGCAAUUCUUCAGCAACUGCGGGACCGGCUUUUGGCCAAUGGCUUUAAUGAGUGCAUUCUUCUCUUUUCUGAUUUACCAGAAAUUGACAUUGAACGUUGUGUACGAGAAUCAAUCAACCUGUUUUGUUGGACUCCUAAAAGUGCUACUUAUAGACAGCAUGCUCAACUUCCAAAGCCAACUUCAGAUAACAGUGGAGUCAGAAGUUCAACACCUUAUUUCUCAGAGUGUCCAGAUACUCCAAAAACAGAUCUGUCAAGAGAAUCUAUCCCAUUAAAUGACCUAAAGUCAGAAGUUUCUCCCCGGAUUUCAGCAGAGGACCUGAUUGACUUGUGUGAGCUCACAGUGACAGGCCACUUCAAAACACCCACCAAGAAGACCAAGUCCAGUAAACCGAAGCUCCUGGUGGUUGACAUCCGGAAUAACGAAGAUUUUAUUCGGGGUCACAUUUCAGGCAGCAUCAACAUUCCAUUCAGCACUGCCUUCACCGCAGAAGGGGAACUUACCCAGGGCCCUCACACCGCUAUGCUCCAAAGCUUCAAAGGAAAGGUCAUUGUCAUCGUGGGGAAUUCUGCAAAGUACACAGCAGAGUUUGCAGCACAUCUUGUGAAGAUGAAAUAUCCAAGAAUCUGUAUUCUAGAUGGUGGCAUUAAUAAGAUCAAGCCAACAGGCCUCCUCACCGUGCCCUCUCCGCAAAUAUGAAGAACCAGGAGGAUGACUGUUGAAAGGACAGAGGGGCGUCAGCUCCCAGCAGCGCAGCUCCUCACGGCCUUACCGCGCGAAGACAGAAUGAGGCUUCAGAGGGUUACAUUUCCAUACAGUGUUGUCAUGAGACUUUUUUUUAAAUCUCAUGACCCAAAUGUUCAACUACCCAGCAACAAACUUGACUGUACAUGUGUUGUUGAAAGAAUUUUCUUAACAGUGAAAUCUGAUCAUGUAUUUUUAGCACAUUGCGACAAUAAGCCAGAAUUCAGCUGACAAGGCAGACGUAGCAUUAUCAAGAAAUCUUACUUGCACUAAAAAAGCUGUCUUCCAUUGCACUGAACAGACAGCCCUAACAAAGGCAUUUAGAAAUAUGGAUUGAAUGUGAGCUAAAAUCAUCGUUCCAUGGUAAUGAAAAGUGAAAGGCUAUUCAUAAUGCAUUCCUUAUAAGUAAAUGCUACAUUUCUAAAUCAUUUUUGGCCCAGACAAGUUGUGUGUGUGUUUAGAGGAAGAAGAAUUUACUCAUUGAAAAAAGUAAUAAUAGUCUUAAAGAAAUGUGAAACCAUUCAAAUUAGAUAGAAUAUUCGUUCAGCUUCUGUAGCAGAGAAACCCCAAAUAAGAGUGACUUAAACAAACUAGAACUUUCUUUCCAUCUCACUUUGUCAGUCUAGGGACAGUAUGUUUUGUCAUAAUAACUAAGAACUCUGGUGUCUUAUUGUUUUACCACCCCCAACACACUGUUUCCAUCUCAUGGAUCAAUAUGGCUGCUCAGCUCUCACCAUCACAUCUGCAAUUCAGAAGGAAGAAAGGCAGGAAAGAAGUUUGGAGGGGAGAAAGAAGGAAGGAAGAAAAGAUGAAAGAGAAGAGAGAAUAUGCUUCUUCUCUAAGGACAAAAACCAGAAGUUGCACAUAUUACUUCCCUUACAUACCAUUGGCCAGAACUUAGAUAUAUGGCCACACCUAGCUAUAAGGAAAACUAGGAGUAUAGCCUUUGGCUGAGUGGCCAUUUACCCAGCUUAAAAGAAAAAACAAUCUGAUAAAAGGAGAUCACAUAUUGAAGAACAUCUAGCAGCCUCUGCCACAUUAUUCUAAAAAUUAAGUACUAUACUUCCCUGAAUCAUAAACAUACCACAAUUUUGUGUACCAUGAAGGAAGAAAAAUGCAGCCAAAUAAACUGUGACACAGCAUCCUAUAUAAUAAAAGCCUAAUAUGCAAAUUGUCCCCUAGACUGGGAGUUCAACCAGAGGUUGGGGCUGGCUGACCAACUGCUGGAAGGGAGGCCUUGGCUGGCAGUGGCAGCAGGCAGCCAGGUGAAGGGAGGCCCCAGCCAGCAGCCAGCAGCUGCUAGGGACCCUAGCCAUGCAUGAAUUUUGUGCACUGGGCCUCUAGUCAAUUAUAAGAUGCAUCCCCAUUUCAAAAAUGUGAAAAAUAUGCAUCUUAGCAUUAUUGAAAUAGAGUAUAUCUUUGACUAUCUUCAAUUUUAUUUUAACUAAAACAUGUUCUUUCAUCUUUAACUUAUGUUCCUCUGUAAUGUUAGGACUACCUAGGAAGAACAUUUUAAUAAGAGCCUCAAUUCAACUUUCUGGGCUAUGGUUUUAUUGUUGCUGUUUGUGUUGAGUUUUUGUAUCUAUUUUUUUUUAUUGAGAUAAUUUACAUACCAUAAAAUUCACUUUUUAAAAUGUACAAUUCAGCGUUUUUUCUUAUGUUCACAAAAUUGUGUAAUCAUCAAAUUUCAGAACAUUUUCAUCACCCCAAUAAAGAAACCCUGUACCUGUUA